AUGUCAACGUGGAACUGCUAUUCAUUCGAUCCGGAGGUUGCACCGCUGCUCGGUUAUCGCCCUUCUAUCACAGCUGGAAUCCUUUUCACGAUUGCUUUUCUUGGUGUCUUAACAACCCAUGUUUCGCAAGCAUGCAACACCAUAUAUCCCUGGAUAGGAUUGGUGCUAUCACUUGGAGCUGCCCUUGAGUUUAUCGGAUGGCUUGCUCGUGCUAUGGCUUACCGCUGUCCAUAUAACUCCACCAUAUGGGCAAUACAGCUGUCAGCUUUGAUGUCUGCUCCAUACUUUACAACCGUCGGAAUCUACGGAGUCCUAGACCUCAUGUACGCAAUUAUAAAACAAGUUCGACUGCCGUUCAGGCCGAAACGGUGGGCGAUUACGUGCAUGUUUAUCGCGCUUCUUAGCCUCAUCCUGCAGGUCAUUGGGGGCUCGCUGGCACACAAGGCCUCCAGUGUUGACGACUCAAUCAGUCUGGGAAUAAAUAUUUUGUACGCAGGCAGUCACCUGCAACUCGCAUCGCUUAGUAUCUUCGCGGUGUUGUUCAAGUGCCUCAUAGUUCGUACAAAAGAUCGGCUCAUCUGGAGGAUGCCAAUGAUCAAAAUGAUAGGUGUACUUCCGUUUGCUUUACUUUGUUUAACGGUUCGGGAUACCUACCGCGCCGUGGAGUCUACGAAUGGAUGGCGUGGUUAUUCCUUCACAUAUGAAGUUUUAGGUUGUCUUUUCGAUGGGCUGCCUAUGUUUAUCGCCAAUGUCACGCUUAGUAUCUGGCAUCCCGCAGUGUUGUUGAACGAGGCGAGGCUAAUGGAGGCGAGAGUUGCGCGAGCGGAGGAGGUCGAAUUGCGAAGCAUGGAAGAUCAGAACGGGCGAGGAAGUCGCUUGCUUGCCGAGUACCGACCCGUUUCUGAGGAACUUGAGCAAGCCCUUCGUAAACGAUAG